AUGCCCAAUGUCAUGGACAGGAAUGAGGUUUCACCGGCGACUGCUGCCACCAUGAAAAAGAAGGCGGUAGGCGGAUGCAGCCACAUCAGCGCCCCUAAGGCUACCGCGUCCAAAUGCACAAGAAGCACCAGCAGCCAGAACUGUCUGGACUCUGGUUCUUCCGGCGCACCGAGCGCUAAGCAGCCCGGUGCGGCCAGCAACGUCGUGAUGGACGAGACGGAGGACGGGGAAGAGGAGUCCAGGUUCCAGCAUCCGCGGUUGCGCCGAGCCGGGGGGAGCGGCAGCGGUGGAGGAGGAGGCGGCGGCGGCGGCGGCAGUAUCAGGAUGAAGAACUUUACGCCAGGAGGGGGAGCCGCGUCCUCGGGUUCCAGGAGAAACUCCAACAAGGAGCCGUGCCAUACGCACACAGAGGACGCUCCCGCCGCUCCACGGCCCACUACUGCCUCCAGAUCUGCCGAGACUCAGACACCCUGUCCGGGCGAUGCUGCCCGGCGCGGAGAGACCAGCCGAGCAUCUGGGGCGGAGGCGUCGGAAUCAGCGGUCGCGUUAGAGGUUUUAAACGCGACAGCAGGUGAUGGUUGCAACAGCGUCGUUACAAUUUCCAGUAUGAAAUGCAACAAAAACGGAGAAUGCAGGAGGGACUCGGGUACCGGGAGCCUGCGCUCAAUAAUCUCCAAGCAGGAGAAGCAGACAGGAGGGUCGGGGAGGGCCGAGGACGGGGGGAGCACGAAGCGGGGAGGCUGUAACUCGGCCACCGCCAGCAUGGACGGCUCCAUCACCCCAGGUGGGUCUUUGACCGGCGGACAGGGAGGCGAGAACGCUAACCCUGGCGCUACCCCCGUGUCCAGCGGCGUGCCCGAGAAAAAGGACUCCAAGGUGUCCUUCUCCAACGCACCGAGUCGGAAAGCCUCGUCCUCGCUGCAUGGCCCGGCUCAGACUCAGAACCAGCAGCCCAGGAACUCUGUCACUUUCCAGAAGUCAGAGGAGGAUGGACCGCCAAUCGUGCCCGCCGAGGACGCGGAGCCUCAGGGCAGCCAAGCCAGCUUCAUGCAGCGACAGUUUAGUAGUAUGCUGCAGCCUGGAGUUAACAAAUUCUCCUUACGCAUGUAUGGUAGUCAAAAAGCAGUAGAGAGAGAACAGGAGAGAGUAAAAUCAGCUGGAAAUUGGAUUAUCCACCCUUACAGUGAUUUCAGGUUCUACUGGGAUUUCACAAUGCUGCUGUUUAUGGUGGGCAACCUGAUCAUCAUCCCUGUGGGUAUCACCUUCUUCAAGGACGAGACCACAACGCCCUGGAUCAUCUUCAACGUGGUCUCUGACACCUUCUUCCUCAUGGACCUGGUGCUAAACUUUCGCACAGGAAUCAUCAUCGAGGACAACUCGGACAUCAUUUUGGACCCUGAAACAAUUAAAAAGAAGUACUUAAAAACUUGGUUCAUUGUGGACUUUGUCUCCUCCAUCCCAGUGGAUUACAUAUUCCUAAUAGUGGAGAAAGGCAUCGACUCGGAGGUGUACAAGACAGCUCGGGCGCUGAGGAUCGUCCGCUUUACCAAGAUCCUAAGUCUCCUGAGGCUGCUGAGGCUCUCCAGAUUAAUACGCUACAUUCACCAAUGGGAAGAGAUCUUCCAUAUGACCUAUGACCUGGCCAGUGCGGUGAUGCGGAUCUUUAACCUGAUUGGUAUGAUGCUGCUGUUGUGUCACUGGGACGGCUGCCUACAGUUCCUUGUUCCAAUGCUGCAGGACUUCCCCUCAGACUGCUGGGUGUCCCUCAACAAGAUGGAGAAUGAUACCUGGUCAGAGCUGUACUCCUUCGCUGUAUUCAAAGCCAUGAGUCACAUGCUGUGCAUCGGUUACGGUCGACAGGCCCCGGAGAGUCUAUCAGAUAUCUGGCUCACCAUGCUCAGUAUGAUUGUAGGAGCUACAUGCUAUGCGGUUUUCAUUGGUCAUGCAACAGCUCUUAUACAAUCCCUGGACUCCUCCAGACGCCAGUAUCAGGAGAAGUACAAACAAGUGGAGCAGUAUAUGUCCUUCCACAAGCUACCUGCUGACUUCCGACAGAAGAUCCAUGACUAUUAUGAGCACAGAUACCAGGGCAAGAUGUUUGAUGAGGAGAGCAUUCUAGGAGAACUCAGCGAGCCUCUCAGAGAGGAAUUGUUUAACUUCAACUGUCGUAAGCUCGUCGCCUCCAUGCCGCUGUUUGCCAAUGCAGAGCCCAACUUUGUCACCGCCAUGUUGACCAAGCUGCGUUUUGAGGUUUUCCAGCCGCAUGAUUACAUCAUAAGAGAGGGAACCAUCGGGAAGAAAAUGUACUUCAUUCAGCACGGGGUCUGCAGUGUCAUCACUAAGGGAACUCUUGCAAUGAAACUUUCUGAUGGCUCUUAUUUUGGAGAGAUCUGUUUAUUGACGAGAGGUCGGCGAACAGCCAGCGUGCGAGCAGAGACUUACUGUAGACUCUACUCACUGUCUGUUGACAACUUCAACGAGGUGCUGGAAGAGUAUCCCAUGAUGAGACGAAACAAGACAAAAAAAAGAAAAAAAUGUAAAAAAACAGGAAAAAAGAACUCCAUCCUGAUGCACAAGGUUCAGCAUGAUCUCAACUCUGGGGUGUUUAACAACCAGGAAAACGAGAUGAUCCAGGAGAUCGUCAAGUACGACCGUGAGAUGGUGAAGCUGGUGGACCUCCAGCGACCGCGGGCCAUGUCUAUGACCCCCUCCAUCGGUGGUAUCUUUGCUCCUCCCGGCCAGCCGCAGACGGGCUCUGCUAUUGCUACUCUGCAGCAGGCAGUGGCGAUGAGCUUCUGUCCUCAGAUGGCGAGUCCUCUUGUGGGCCCAGGGACCCUGCAGUCUCCUCGAAUGGUUAGAAGGUUCCAGGUGAUGCAGAACUUGGCCAGUCCUGUCUCCAUGUCUCCUCUUCAGUCUCACCCCCCUCAGGCAUUUGGGGGGGUGUUUGGAUCUGCGAUCUCAAGCCCACCCGUCCAAAGCCCACUCGCUGCUUCAGGACGGACUUUCCAGUACAUGGCGAGUGCAGGACCCUCUGGUUCCCAGUUGUCCCUUGUACAGCACCAUGCACCCAGCCCCACACAGACCCAGCAGAGGCCAGCCUCACACAAGAGCACCCACUCCCUUCAUACAGGCAGCCUGAGCCAGGAUACCCGGGCGCUGUCUGCCUCCCAGCCUUCACUCCCCCAGGAGGGAACACCACAAGCUGCCUCUGCAGCUCCCAGCCCUCCACCAUCCACCCGCACCUCUAACAACUCCAUUGGCCCCCCACAGCCGUCUCAUGCCAGCCUGCCGGGGCCGUCCGGGGUUGGGAGAUCGGCAGGAGCUCCGCAGAGGGUUGCCUUUGCCUCCACGCCCCCUCCCGGUGAACCCUCUAGGGUGGGGGCAGUAGCAGCAGCUGCUGGAUCAGGACCUCCAGACUCUGGAGUCCCCAAGAAAGAUUCAAUUGUCAGCCUUCCAGAGCUAGACUCUGCCAGAUCCCGGCUGUCUUCCAACUUGUGACCCUGGUAGAGUUCAGGAAAGAGGCCUUUUUUGUAGGAGAAUCUGUUUGUUUUAGGUCAGUCCAGCUGAUCUGUCAGCCUGUUGAAUGACCAAUCAGCUACCGCCAGCGCCACACAUCUUUGGACCUGGAUGCACUGUGUGCUGAGUCGGCAGAAGAAAAAGAGCAACUCAAAUCUUGAGACACUUUGGCUAGGAGGAGUCUAUACAAUUAAACUAGUAUAACUUAAGGUGGAACUGGUCUAGUCUACUGUGCCAGCACCUUUAGUCUUAGUAUCACCCCUUACACUCUGCUUCCAAACACCUACUGUAUAUCGCUGUCUUUACUGUAAAGAUAUGAAGAAGAGUACGAUUAAUGUAACUAUUGCAUACUGUGUAGAAUCCAUGCAAUGCAAUCUAGCUGGAGCUGGACUUAAAAAAUGAAAAUCAGGGACUUGAGGUCAAAUGACAAUGACAUUUUAAGCGUUCAAAGUGUUUUUGAGUGUCAUUUCCUUUCUGUAUAAGCUGUCGUAGCAAAAGAACACAUUGCUCUUCAUAUUGUUUCAAAUAGUAGUGAAAUAGUGUUUUAGACCGCUGGUCGAUCUUACAUCGAUGUGUAAAUAGUUGAUGAAAAAGUCAGAGGGAUAUUAUAUUCAUUGUAUCUACCCAAACCAAAGUUGAGCUCGAACACAAAGUCUGGUUGUGUCUGUAUCAACUAAAAAAGAAACAUAGAAGAAAAUGCCAUUUAUUUAACUGCCUUGAUUCAACGUUAGAAGCCAUAUAUUUGGUUUGGG